CUGUUCAUUGUGAGACGUCCAUCUCAUGCCAUGUCCAUCCACCCUGGUACCAGUCUGUCUUUGUUUAGGAUUGCAUGCUUAGCUGAAAAUCAGACAUGAUCAUUUCUGUCUUUUGUUUCAGCAUUUAACUUCUUCCAUAUGUUUUUUCUCCCUUCUCUUUCCCAUUCCCCUGUUUUUUUUUUUUUUCCUGUUUCUUCUCGUUUUUGAUUUUUUUUCUUUCUUCCCAUGCUGUGACAUAAGUGGUUGCUCUGAAAAGGCUGCCUUUUAUGAGGAACAGACCGAAGGAAAAAGACAAAAUGAAGGCUCUCUACCGCCGCUCCGUGUGUAAGAAUUUAAAACAGUUCAGUUCUUCUCAACUAGCCGCACCAGCUUCCAUUACUAAUAUUUCACAAGCUUUCCCUGACUGCGCUCUUUAUCCUUCUGUGCAAACUCUGCUCCAAGGACUAUGAAUCUCAAAGGCUGGCAAUUGUCUGCUUCAUGGCAAGGGUGGGGCGAUUGGUUGGCCUCCGUGGCUAACUUUUUGGAGCACCUGCUGCAAGCAAAGUUUCCUGUGAUGCUAAGUCAGACUAAAGUACCAAAUGUAAGCCAUUAAAUGGCCAAUAACCAGGGACAGGCUGUAUGAGAUUACAACUCCCAAGCAGUGGUUGGCUGAGACUGAUGGGAAAUGUAAUCUAGAACAGCCAUGUCGUGCUGCAGAUUUUCUGUCCCUACUUGCAACUACCAUAAAAGUCAGCCAGACGAGCCAGAAAUUGGCGGUGGUUGCAGUUCCGUUAUCGCUGAAAAAUCCUGAGGUUAUUAGGUCCUGCUUUCAUUAUUUAAAAUGAUUAACUGUAUAAUAUAAGCAACAGUAUGUGGUAAAUUAGGAGGCUAUAAAACAAUUUUUUUUUAAUUUUUUUUAAACCCACUUUUGAUUUUAUAAAUUUCAAUUAUUUAUUUUGUUCACUUUAAUGCUUUCUAUGAAUUUUUUUUUUUAGUUAUUUUCAAUUUUACUAUUUUUUUUCAAACAGCAGUGCCUAAUUCAUGUUGGGGUAAUAUUUUUUUUUUGUUUUGUUUUUUUUGCUUUUUAAUUGUUAUGGUGAAGCUAUAAUCUAUAUGAAGCACCGUUUCUAACACUACGACUUUGUGUAAGCUUUUUAUUCAGUGUUGUGCAAUACACUGUAUUCUUGCAGUAACCUGCACUGGCCAUGGACCCCCUUUCUCAUUGCUAAUUAAAAGAUAACUGGCCUGCUACCAAAGACGACUGCGUCCCAUAGCUGAGCAGUGUGUUACUUCCCUCUUUGGUAGCAGACGGUUUAACAUGCGUCUGCUAGCUUUACCAUGCCCUACCAUUUCAUCAUCUUUAAGCGACAUACCUUGUUUGCAAGCUAUGCUGCUCAUCACUGCUGGAAUAACAUGGCCUUCCUCCACAGCAAGCUUAAAAAGAAACAGUGCAAAAAGCCACAUGUUGUGUGCAACUUCAUGCGUGGCCUAGAUCACCCAUGCUUAUCAUUCUCAAAAGAAUGCAUGUUGUAUAAUUAAGUGGAUUUGUGAGUGCUAGCUAUAUGAGCUGCAGUUGGCUUCUAAUGCUUGAAUGGCUGUAAUACUAAAGUUGGCCACAAGAGACGCUGAAUGUCAUGCUGAUUCAUUUGCUUUCAUUUGCAUCCCAGCCAUGAAUGACCUGGUGCAGUCCAUGGUCCUGGCAGGUGGACAGUGGACAGGUAGUGCUGAGAAUCUGGAGGGUCCUGAUGAUGUUGCUACCGGGAAAAGGAGAAAUGAUUUGGGAUCUAUGGCCUUCUCCACAACCGCUAUCAACUUUUCAACUCUCAACCCGUCCAUGGGAUUCAGACCCAAGCUGAUACCUAAAAGUAAAGGUAUAGGCCGUGCCUUUCAUUUCAACUCAGAUAUGAUCCGUAUGUACAUAAUCACCUUUUUUACAUUUUUUGUUUAAUUUUUUUUGUUUGUUUUUGGGGAGGACAGGAUGUUUAAAUUUUUUUUUUUUAUUGAUUUGCAUAUUUUAUUUUAUUUUUUAUUUUAUUAACCGCAUUUUAAAAUUUAGCAUCUUUCAUGUUAAUAACCAUCUAAUGUAAAAUUAUUUUAUGUGUAAUUUAAUUUAUUUUUCUUCUCAGAUCAUCUGUGUCGAUGAUUAGUUUUAACAACUCAGUGUGGUGGUGGUGUUUUUUUUAUAUGUUUGUUUUGUUUUUUGUUUUUUUGUGUAGGGCUGGAUGAAAUAUCGUUCUCUAUCUAAGACUUGGUUAUCUCAAUAGUAGAAUGUUUAACCCCUUAAGGACCAAACUUCUGGAAUAAAAGGGAAUCAUGACAUGUUACACAUGUCAUGUGUCCUUAAGGGGUUAAAAAGAACAAACCAAAAGAUCUAGGAAUUUCUCAUCAUACAUAGUCUUUUAAACCCAAGAGCCAAACCUCUGUUAGGAGGAAUCAAUAUUGCAGUUUUGGAAUUAAAUCCUAUAUUGAUUCCUAUGGAAACUAAAAUGUGUUACAGUCAACAGACCAUCCUCUAACUUGGGUUCAAUGUCACAUUUCAACAUUGGAGCCAACUGUCCUUAUUAAACCUAGCGAUGAUACAAAACAUCACGAAAUGUAUGAUCUUUGGCAUCAUACAUUGAUAUCUGUAGCUACAGUAAUUUGAUAUAUAAACUAUAACUUUGGAAGGUGAGAAUUUUGCUUUUCUGACCGGUGUUUGAAUACUUGCCGUAAUAUAGCAUGUGGAGUGAUUUGUAAACAGAGGAUAACAAGUUUAGAUGACAUCAAACAUAUCUUUGUAACCGUAAGCAAUACAUCAUUUACAAAGUGUGCAGGUCGUCAAUGUCUUAACAUAAUAAAGUCACACCUUUCGAAAGGAAGUUGACAUGUAGAAAUUUAUAGAAAAGGAAUGCUAGUUCGGCAGCGCCAGAUAAAUCAUAAAAUGCAUAGAAUCUUAAUGUGCUUUUCACAUUAUAACAAAAUAAAAACUGAAAGGCAGAAUUAUUGCUUAAUUAGCCAAAAUGUGAUAACAAAUAUAUUGAUUUUUUUUUCCCAAAAAAAUUGCCCUGCGCUUUGCAAUUACAUUUUCUAUAAUUCACUGUUUAGUAAAUAAACCCUUUAAAAAAAUCUAAUCACCAUUACUUACAAACUGUACCUAUCAGAAUGUCCGCCGAUCUGUGAGUGUAUAUAGUAAAUACAAGGAAUAUGGGACAUAGAACAAAAUUAAUCACUUGAGGAUUAAAUUCAGAUUUUAUGUAAAUCCCAAACGCUGGUUUCUUGCGAUUAGAACAGGCUGAUAAGGUUUUAGAAUGCAAACUAGCACAGGAUCUGUGCUUUGGGGUAUUACAUUGCAUGACCGUUUAAUAAAAGUGUCAUCAGAUUAGACAAGAAACUUUAUUUUUCAUUGAAUUAACAGGAUAUAGUCAUAUACUAAUCGAAGAAUGUCUGUUUAUGGGGAUUUGCUCACACACGGGUCAGAUAUAAAGGAUAUUGCGUAAAAUCAGAGGGAAUGUGUUAUUUAUUAAAGAGGAUUCAUAUCUUAGUUUCACAUAUUCUUUACUUGUGUUAUAGUUUUCAUGAUUGUGUGUAACUACAUGGGCUAUUUUACCUUAUGUGCUUCUCAACCUGGUCGUGAUUACAAAAAGCUAAUUGGCUUCCCCUAGUGUGUAACUUGAUUGAUGGCAAAGCAAUGAUAAAUUGUAUGAAAAAAAGCAGGAGGACUUCAGUACUCUACAUUAAUUGAUAUGAUUCUAAUAUUGCAUCACAGGAAGAGAAGACCAUACAGUAAAUUUAAAGUCUAUAAAUUGAACAAUAAUUAAAUGGGACAUAAGGAAAAAAUAAAAUCUCAAUAAAUAGAACACAAUUAGUAGAAGUGUGUAUAUGUGUGUGUGUGUGUGUGUGUGUGUGUGUAUAUAUAUAUAUAUAUAUAUAUAUAUAUAUAUAUAAAAUUAUUAUUUUUUUUAUUAUUAUGUCAGGUCACGUUUGAUUGUUAACGUGCUUGUAUGAAAUGUAUUUAAAACAAGUCCUGUCUAAGGCAUUUAAGGACUUUGUUUAGAUUUGUUACUUUUGUGGAUUUGAGAGUACAAUGCUUUUUGUAUACUGAAAGUUUCACAGGGCAGUUGUAGGCUACGAGCGGUUAUCUGUAGUUGACAAGGAACUUAAUAUUACUGCACAUUUAUGGAUUAUGUAGGAUCCCAGUGGAUCCAUCUACAUAAGUUUAGGUGGAAAAAAAUAAGGACUCCCCCCAGCUUAUUGUACUACAACUGCCAUAAACCUCCACACACCACUUUCUGUGUUAUUAGCUAGAAACAUUUCUGAGUGUUGUAAUUCCCCGGUGCAGACUUUUAUUUUACAGCCAGUAGCUUGGUGAAUUAAGACCCUAUUUCAGAUAACUCUUAGCAAUGCUAAAUAAUUUAUCUGUUCGGUUAAUGUUUCAUAGAUGGGACUUCCUAUGAAGAUGUCAGUGUCCAUGGCGCGAACGAUGAUUCCUAUACUGUUACUACACUGCCAGGUAAGGACCCCUGUGUACUGCGCACACCCCUGAAUGAUAACUAAUGGAAUGCUGAUAACCUGCAUUAAAAUAGGUUCUAGUCGCCUUUGUGUUUACAAUAUCAUAAACGUAAUUCCUUAACCCCUUAAGGACACAUGACAUGUGUGACAUGUCAUGUUUCCCUUUUAUUCCAGAAGUUUGGUCCUUAAGGUGUUAAAGGGACACUAUAGUCACCUGAACAACUUUAGCUUAAUGAAGCAGUGUUGGUGUAUAGAACAUGCCCAUGCAGCCUCACUGCUCAAUCCUCUGCCAUUUAGGAGUUAAAUCCCUUUGUUUAUGAACCCCAGUCACACCUCCCUGCAUGUCACUUGCACAGCUUUCCAUAAACACUUCCUGUAAAGAGAGCCCUAUUUAGGCUUUCUUUAUUGCAAGUUCUGUGUAAUUAAGAUUUUCUUAUCUCCUGCUAUGUUAAUAGCUUGCUAGACCCUGCAAGAGCCUCCUGUAUGUGAUUAAAGUUCAAUUUAGAGAUUGAGAUACAAUUAUUUAAGGUAAAUUACAUCUGUUUGAAAGUGAAACCAGGUUUUCUUUACAUGCAGGCUCUGUCAAUCAUAGCCAGGGGAGGUGUGGCUAGGGCUGCAUAAACAGAAACAAAGUGAUUUAACUCCUAAAUGACAGUGAAAUUGCAGCGGAAUGAUCUAUACACUAAAACUGCUUUAUUUAGCUAAAGUAAUUUAGGUGACUAUAGUGUUCCUUUAACAUUUGGGGAAGCCAAUGGUUAGAUCUCUGUUGUGGAACUUUACCUCCUGUGAUUCUUUGCCAUCCUUGAAUGAACACUCCAGCAUUACAAAGAAAUACAAGUAGUUAAAAUGUUGGAGUAUUCCUUUGUUUAGAUUUAGUAGCCCUUGCUAUUUCUCUAAAAGAAAAUAAGUUCCUUACCUUCAAUGGAUAGGGCAGUCUUCUCACUGCAUCAACACUCCACUCUGGAAGACCAUUACUGUUCAUGAUCUCCCAACCAAUUUGGAGCUUCUCAUAAAGAACACACUGCACGUGUUUCUCUUCGAGAAGCACUGGAACCUAUGUUUGUCUCUGAGCAGCCAUCACUUCUGCUUUGAGCAAGCACUCAAAGCAAGUGAGGAAUGAAAACUUUCUUGGCUGCCUGACCGUUACGAGGGUGCAACCUAAGUCAUUUAUAAAUACUCAUUGUACAGUGCUACGGAAUUUGAUGGCGCUAUAGAAAUAAUAAAAUGUUUAUCAAAUAAGACAGAGGGGACAUGCCUUCUAAAGCACUCCAGAAAGUGCUUUAGGAGUUUCAAAUGUUCUUUUAAUGCACCAUGAAAGUUCUAGAACGACUAGGGAAUCUAUGUUUUGAACACUCCUAUAGUAGAUUGUCUAAAUGUGCAGCGCUUCCAUUUAAAUCCAUAUAAAAGGAAUCCUGAGUAUUUGAAAAUAGGCACGCCUGUCUUUUUAUGAAUUUAUUUUUUAACCUGGUAUGAUCCAAUAAAAGAAUUGUUCUGCAAGACACUGAAUGUGCUGUUUGCAUGUGAUCAGCUCUGCGCUCUGAAGGAUAAGUGCCAUUAAAAAUGACAUAUAUUGCUCCGUAAUAAACGGCUAUGCUUUGUGCUUGAUUUUUCUCCCUAUUUUGAGAUAUAGGGAGUGGGAUAUGUGGAAUGAAACUUUAUUGGAUGUAUAAUUUAAUAUUUUAAUUUAUUUUUUACUUUGUUGCUGUUCCCUGCUGAAUUACUGGCUGCAUAUAAAUGCCUAUUUUGUGCACAUUUUCUAAUUUUCUUACAUUUGUAUAAAAUUUUCAAGGAUUAAAUUCCUACUACAAUCCAGCAUACAAACUGACAUCCUCAAAUUCUUGUUAGAGUACAUGUAUUUUGGUAACGUUAUCUCAUACGGAUCAUCAACAGUAAAUGGUGACUAUAACACAAAAAAAAAAUGUGGUAUACUGUUUUCUGGAAUAUUUAGUUACAUUUUCAUUUAUAUCAUUUCAUGAUUUUCUGCAAGAAAAGUAUUCCGGUAUGUGAUUCAGUUUACUCCUAGCUGUCCACAUACUGUGGAUCUGUAAUCAGAUUUAUAACACGCCAAGAUAGUCAUCAUUGUCCAUUAGGAGAAUCGAACACUACCUUUAAAAAUAAAUUGUCUAACGUACUUGGUUACAUUUUGUUACUAUAAACAGUUGCUAAAAGACAAUAAUAACGAAAUAUGCUUUGAAUUUGGUACAUUCCGAUUAACAUCGAGAGGUAUGAUGGUCGGUUAAUAAUUAUAACUUGCUACACAGUAAUUUGUCUGCCUGUGGACAAAUAUAAAUAGGUAGUAUAAAAAAAAAGCCCACAGAGAUAUGAAUGGGAUAUUUAUGAUGUGUUAGGACAACACCGAUAUAAAGGUGAUGAUAUAUGAAAAUUAUCUGUAAAGAAAGUUAUUCACAAUAGCCUUUAAUAGGUCUAUGAGUGCUGAAAUCUUUAACUACAUAACCAAGAAAGGUGCCAAUCUCCUUGUACAGAUCUAGUUACAGGUCUAUAGGUUCUGAGUGAGGGAUCUUAAACCGGAUCUACUACCAAAAAUAAACUUUAUCUAAUUUGCUUCUGUAUAGAUUUCGAUGUCUGAAUCUCUCUUUAUUUUUUUCCUAAGCACUCCCGUUUUUAUAAAAUACAUAAUGAAAAAUAGGAAUACAUCUCCUCACGUUUAGCAGUCAAGUUGAUAAAACAUCACAAUUGGCAGCGUUAAUAGCAUAAUCCUCCGUAUCCAUCCCACCAAGCAGGAAACUGCAUAUGUCAUAUUCAGAGGAGAGCAAAAUGUCUGCCCCCAAGUACUGAGAUCCUGCACAACUAACAAAAUAAAUAUAAAUCUUAAUAGUGGCGGGGGAGGGGGGGUGGGGAGUAUAAGGAAAUGCAAACCACAAGAAGAAAAAUGAAAUGAUUGCUUUAGCGUGUUUAACUUUUUACUGUCUAUUUGAAAUUCAGAUAUGUCACUAACCUAGUCUGUUUCUGCAUGUGGUGAAGUUUUGUUUGUCAAACCCUGGACUUUUUAUUAACAUUUACAUUAAACAUUAAUAUAUUUACUAGAAUUGCAAUUAUAUCUUUUUUUUUUUUUUUUCUUUCCCUAUAUACUACACCUCCCUUAUUGCUUGAUUUCCAAAUUGCCCUCCUAGACUUUCUAGAAUCACCCGAGCUUGGCUGAGAGCAUGCUGGGCCUGUGUAAUAUUGCAUGGCUCUUCUCACUGAACAUUCUGUUACCAGAGAUACAAUUUACUUUAUACAUUCUCUCAUUAUAUUGUCUCCCAUCCAGCUCCCAGGCCAUCCAGCCUUGAUAGUGGCAGGACAUCAUAUAGUAAUAGCAAUAAUAAUGCCUCAAUCCAUGAAGUUACAGGUACGCUGUAGACAUAUUAUUAUUUAUUUUUACAUUUUCUUUAUUUCACUAUUUUUGUUUGGUUUUUGAUGUUACCAAUGUAUUUAGGUCCAUGGUGGUGUUAAAUGUUUACAUGUUUUGUUUGUUUUGUUUUUUUAUGUGUUUAUCAUUUUGUUUACAGUAAUGUUUUAACUCUACUUCUCUGUGUCCAAUCAUUAAGAAAAAGGGCAAAAAUCUAUAAAUUAAUUGAUAUAUUUUGGGCCUCAACCUUAAAAUAUGUGCUGAGGAUAUUCAUGGACAUAAAAUGUUUUGAAAUUAGUAGUUCGUGUUCGAAUUCUCCGUUAGCAGUGAUAUGUAUGUAGUAGAUUCGCAAUCCAAUUAAACGAAAUAAAAGGAAGAAGCCAAAGUUAGUUGAAAAUAAUAUUUUGUUAAAAUUAACCAAAUUGUCCAGUAAAGUCAUUUCCACAAUAGACCUUCAACCUUGAUAUAUUCCUUGUUUUUGAUGUAAAUAAUGUAAUGUCCUACAAUGCUAGAUUUGCAGCAGCUGGUACAUGUUUAUAUUGAAGGGUAUACCCUUUUCAUGUUUGAUGGUUUUUUUUGAGGUUUUUCACGUUUUUUUUAAUUUUACUUUUUGGUUCUUGUAGUUGAAUAUGUAUUUGCGGGAGAGAGUUUUGAUGCCGAUUGGGAUGGAUAUAAUUUGCUCUGUUCUAUAUUUAUCAAUAUGAAUGGGUACAUACCUUGGAUCUACCCUAGCAGCUGUGCAUGAUAAAAUCUACAAAAAACAAACAAAUAUAAUGACUAGUCUGUGGCUUAGCUCUUCCACACGGUCGGAAAGAAGGAUCUAAAUCUGGAUUAAAAUGGUGGUAGUGGAAAUAUUCCCUAGACCAGGGAUAGGCAACCUUCAGCACUCCAGGUGUUGUGGACUACAUCCCCCAUAAUGCUCUUACACUCAUAAUGCUGGCAAAGGAUAAUGGGAGGUGUAGUCCAACACAUCUGGAGUGCCGAAGGUUGCCCUAGACCUUCCUGAUCUCCAGAUCAUCAGUCCUUUGUUGCUAAUCUGGCACCUAAGGAAGAUAUCUAAAUAGUUAUUCUAAAGUAGCUUAGGAAUUUAAGGGCAAUAUUGACUCCUCUGAUUUAAUGCUGCAACGAGUUGUGGCUUUAGAGUUAACAGUGAGUCUAAUCGAACACGUUCUAACAAUGUGAGGAUUAAAAGUCUGCUUGAAAAGGUUGGUCCUGGCACAUUAGCUGACACUGUUAUGAGCCUGUCCAAAUCUUUAGUACCAGGGCUUUAUGAGAAUCAACCAUUCAUUAAUCCAUUGCACAGAUCUUUACAACUGUUCAAGAAAGACUUCCAUACUAUGAGGGAUGUUAUUAUCUAGUUGCAGUACAACAAUUCGAAAAAUAACAACUAUACAGAAAGACAGAAGCUGGAUCUUAAAGUUUGACAAUAAAGAGAUUUACUUUUAUCUGACUCUUCCAAUUUUACAGAGGCGAAAAAAAUGGGAACAACUAACUGAAUACCUUAAGAUGAAAGGGGUCCGAUUCGCCUGGGAGACACCCUUUUAAAUUAUUGUCUAGAUCUUAAGCUCGCCAAAUUUUGUAAGUUAGGCGCCGGAUGGCUUCUUUUCAGCGGAUUCUAACGUGAUUAAUGAUGGUUUUAGGUUUCUUUACAGUCGUAUUAUUCACUCUCGUGUGUUGUACCCUCUGCGGUUCAUGUGGAUUCAAUUAUAAAAAGUGUUUUAACCGUUUGAACCUCCCAAACUUAGAUUCUGCUCAGGCUGAGCUUUUUGGCAGCCCCAGUGACCAAGGAAGUUUACCCAUUUAUACAUUUUAAAACUUUUCAAGAUUUAUCUUAAAUCUACAAAUUAAUACCUUUUCUAAUUGUGUAAUAGAAGGAGAGAGGUUGGAAGCAGAAUUAGUGUUGAUAUUGUUUUUCUUCCUAAAGAGGGAAAAGAUCCUUUAUUUGACAAAGUUAUAAACCAAUCUCUAUAUUCAAUUCUGACUUGAAGAUUUUUAACAGGCUGGAUUCCUCCGGAGCCUGUCCUGCAUGCAACCGGCCCCGCCCCCGACUUGAAGAUUUUUAAUAGAUCUCUGUGUUUUAGCCCAUCCGGAUCAGAUCGGUUUAAUUCUAACUAGACAGGCAUUUGAGAAUGCAAUACAUAAUACUGAUUUGAAAUGGCUUUCUCUAAGUUAUAGGAUGCCCUUGGCAGCAAUAUGUUUGUUUACAUAAUGAGAAGCAGAAAACGUCUUCAAAGAGAAGGUGAUUGGCAUUCUGGAGUGGUUGUGCCUCUGCCUUCUCUUGGUAUUUUAGGUGUUUAUACCACUUUUUUUAUUGGCUGGAUAAGCUUUAUAAAGUUGGCUUCGAACGAGUUGUGACUACAAGUAUGAUACCCAAUAACUAAUAAUAAUUUUUUUUGUGGAAUUAGGCAAGGUUGUCCAUUAUGCCUUAUUUUGUUUGUCCUUUCAUUGGAUGCACUGCUGCAGACCAUUUGUGAUUUCCUGAAUAUAAUAGAUUUUUCAGUGGCUACAGAAACAUAUAAAAUUUCAGCCUAUAUCAAUGAUGUUGGUCUUUCCCUAUCAGACCCGUCUUGUUCCCUUCAUCUUAUAUUGAAGAUUGUUAGAUUUUGUUAGAUGCGUGACUUAUACCCAUGAUGGAUCUGGUUAAACAAUUUGUCAUUAAACUAAUUGUAGCCUAAACCAAGCAGACCACCCUAGAUUUCUGACAUCAUUUAUAACACGGAUACUGACGCAUGGAAUGCCAAGGCUGGAUUGUCCACGGAAGCUGCAGUUUAAACAAAAAUUAAAUUAGCUUGCAGUAUGAGGGGUUCAUAAAAAGGCCACAAACAGAAAAGUUGGACAAGGUUCUAAGUGUCAUAAGAACGCCACGGAAACCAAAUAUAACCAUUCAGUGGUUUCCAUGGAAAGUGUUUUUGUUUAAAACUUUGCCGCAACUUCUUUUAAUAACACAAUUAAAAGUCUCCCCCAUUUCACCACAAUGAGUUUAGUGUUAUGUGCACAUUUACAGCUUGUCGUAAAGUAAUCAUCCCUUCCUAAUAGCUAACAUUUUGCAGCUCGCUCCAGAACAGUAACCGCUUUGACCACAGGGUGGCGCAUUUCAUAGAUCUUAAUCUGUAACACCUAACAAAGAAAACAUUUUUGAACUGAUUUAAUGCGACAAUGCAAUCCUUUUAACUUUUUUUUUCUUCUAUGAACUGCUGUGCAAUGAUUGAAUUUACUUUUUUUUUUUAAAUCUUCUUUCUAAUUGCACAGCCUGUAUAUAGGCUGGGGGUGCCCUAAUCUUGGGGGUGACACAUGCCUGCUGAAAUUUUAAUGAUUGUAGCUGCAAUAACUGAUGCCUGUGACUGUAACUCCCACUAGUCUCAGACAGCACUGGGACAAAUUCAGAAAUUAUUCCCUACACUAACCUAACACACUACAAUCCACAUAAACCGCUACAUUACCCUAACACACAUAGUUCUAAUCUCUAUACUACACUAACAUUAAAAAUGUAUUCCCCCUCACCCCAUCCCCUUCAAAUUCCUUAAUACUUACAGAAACAGUUUGUAGGUUGAUAUGCAGACUUCAACAUUCACACACAAUCUAAAGCUUGGUAUGUUCUUACACUUCCAAAAUGCAUUGUAACAAUAUACAAAGUGUCACACACUAUUAGACACAUGCUAACUUCUUUAGCACAGGAAUGAUCGGUAUAUAUGUCUGUAUGGCUGUCCUCUCUUGCUUUGUUACCUGUUUUGUGUUUCUUAAUUCUUACCAUCAAAUGUAGCAACAUACAUGCUUCAACUUGCACACAGACUGACCCGAUGUAGCCCCCCACCCCCACAAUUAUGGGAAAAAAGUGCAAGUGCAAGUGCAAAUUGAAUGUCUGUCCGAAUCCUUUUGGGAUCAGAGUAAACAGAUUGGAAAAAGCAGGUGGUGUAAAAUGCGUUUGAGGUUGCACACAUACACGUUAUUUAUAAAUCUGGAUAUAAAAAUGAUCUGCUACUGGGUAACCCCUGACUAGCUCCCCUGUGCAAACCUGCAGUGCAAACAAAGGAUGAAUGUUUACUGGCUGUACAACAAUAAGAAGAUAUGUGUUUAUAGAAAGAAUGUGUAUUUUUUGUGGUUUUUUUUUUUUUUUGCUUUUAAAGCAUUGCAAAUCAGCCUUAUACAGUCUAUUCCCUUUUGUUUCUAUACGGUUUUGUUCAAAACACAAGUUUAGAUUUAUCUAUAUAGAUCAAUAAGACAGAUACCUGGCUCAGAAUGUAAUGUUUAUUUUUCAUCACAUUUCUUGAUGUGUAAAUAAAAACUAGUAAAAUUAGUAUAUGUUUUAUAAAUGCCUACUGAGAAAGAAAAACAAACCGGGAAAACAAUAGACUAAUUCCAAAUAUAAAGAUAAAUAUAUAGAUAAACUCAUGUGUUUAUAUAACAGCCAAUCAUGCAGCAGAUAACAAAUGCCCGAGCAAUCUAAAGACAGAACCACAUUGCAUUGUUUAUCAUUCUUGCUCAUUUAUUAUUUUGCGAUCUGUUCUUUAUUUGUGAAGGUAUGAUUUACCAAAUAGAGAAAAUAUGGGAUCUUUUGUGUGUACCUUUUCUGAUCUGACAGAUGUCUGCUUUAAUGCAUAUAUGUACUUAUAUACAUAUUCCAGGCUUGUAUUUGGAAAUUUUAGACUGCAGUGUUAAUUCUUCAUUUUACCCAACACAACUUUGAUGUAUUUUUUUUUUUUUAAAGAAAUUAAAAUGGUACGCACACAACUCCAGGCUUAAUCCAUGAUUCUUACACAAAAUAAAUGAAGAAUUUUGAAUAUAACUUCCCAUGCUGCUGUUGUUGUUUUCCCUUUACACACUGAUUCGAAAUAUUAAAUGAUGGUGCAAAUGUCACUGAUUAAGGGGAAUGUAAAGAUAUAAGGGUAGUUUGUCAGUGAUCAGCUAUCCUUUCUGUAAUCUAUAAAACACAAGGGUGCUAAUAUAACGUAUUAUCCAACAAUACAAUCAUGGAACCGGCUGACCACCAAACAAGUGUUUGUGUUAUAAUGGGUACAUUACUUUGUUGUAGAAAUUAUCAGUGAACUGUUUUACCUAACCAGAGGAAUGAGCAUCAAUACAUUGUAGAACAAAGUGUCAGAAUGUUCUUCGAACAUACAGUGUCUGUGUAUUAUUUGAAAUGCAUGUUUUCCGUGUGCUGUUUAAUGUUAAAAUAAUGCAACUUUCUUUACAGCAGGCGCAAUACUUAACCAGACUAGGUCUCAAAGUCAUAACAGCGGAGACUUCAACCUGCAUCACGAUCAAGAAGUCUUUUCCAACAGCAACAGUCCAGUCCAGUACUUUGGCCAUCGCUUAAAAAAGAGUGCCGCGUCUAGUCCUAUGCUGAAACUAAAGUCCUAUGACAACCCCGAGAGCCUCACCCUGUCCAAACACAGGCUCAGUUCUCCAGGAAGUGAGAUGGUCUCCCUUAAACAGUUUUUAGAGGAAAGCAACAAGCUCACUGUAAGUCAGGUAAGAAUGCUGAACGUCACUGUUAGAAAAGUGUCUGUCAGCAUUGUGCACUGUUUUCUUCUGUUCUAAACAUCAUAUUGCAAAUAGUGCAAUUAACAGGCUUAACAGAUGUUAGCAUUCUGAAAAGCAUUUACAUUUAGCCAGUGCAGUAUGUUGGAGCUGUAUGAAUAUGCAACUAUAAACCCACUAGGCUAGAGCAGAGAAGGGGUCAGUAACAACAAUGCAGUUUCUAUAGAAAACUAAACAUGGUGGAAUGCGCAGUGUACUAACAGGUUUAAAAAAAAAUCUAUUAACUGUUAGGAAGCAGAAGAAUAGAUGUUUAAAUCUGUCUGCAGACAAUGUUAGAUUAAGAGAUUGAUGGUUUAGAUGAUCAGCCUUCAAACAACAGUGGUCAAGAAUAUAGACCAGGCACAGAUUUUUCCACUUACCCACUAGCCAUUGGCAAGUGGAAAUUUAGCCCUAGUAUGUGUGCCUUAAAACCCCAACUGUAUGUGAUGCUGUGUCUUUGUCAUUGAAGUAAACUCUACAAAUAUGGAGUGUGCAGGUAGCAAGCAUCCUGCAAUUUGCACCAUAUCAUCACGCGUAACGUCAAAUACUGUGUUCGUAAUUCGUGGAGGUAGGAUGUAUGCGCUGAUAUUUGUCAUAGAAAUUAACUUUCAAGGCAGGCAUGUAGAAAAUAAGCGGAUUGUUGAUCCCUGAUAUAGGAAUGUAUACAUACCUGGAUACACAUACAGUUAUACCAAAGUGGCUCUGUCAUCUAAAAACUUGCCUUUCUUCUAUUGUUUCCUCCGCUCUUCCUCUUUCCCAGUCUGUUCUUAUUUUCUUUAUUUUUGCUCGAUUUCUCUCCAUAACAAAAUAGGGACUACUUUGUCUUAUGUAUUUUUCCUACACUUGACAAAUGUGACAAGAAGGGUGGAGCUUAAUUAAAUGUCACUUCUUUUGUCACAGAAACCUCUCCCAUAAUGCUUACCUCUGUGCCAAUCAUACCGGUCCUACCUCCAUUGCCUUGCGAGAUCUUCAUGCGUAAUUUCUACUGAUGUAGACUUAUUUCGGCCAUGUGUCCUAAAGACAAAUGAACAAAUAUGAAUUACAAUAAAUGAAACGAAAAACAAAUUGCUUGUUGGAUGAAAUUUCGUCUGUGGAAUUUGUUUUUUUGGUACUUAAUUUUAGUUACAAGUAGGGAGCUACUGGCUCGCGACUCCCUCCAUGUAAUAUUUUAAAAUAGAAGUGGCAGGGAGCUGUACUCAUGCCUUUUCCUAAAUCCCCAAGCUCCCUCCUCACCUUUUGCCUAUGGGGGUUAAUUCCUCCCUCCUGCCCCUUCCCUCCAGUGCCUGCUCAUUGUUAUAAAAAAAGACUAAAGCUAUUGCUGCCCACUUGCUAAUCUAAUAAAGGAGGACUUGGCACAGGUCCCCAUGUCCCCACGGUGUGGGGCACCUAAUAAAAUAACUGGGGGAGACAUAGUGUUCCCCCACCAAUACCCCAUGAGUGGGGGCUCUUGAACUAAAUGGGGAGGGAGCUAGUGUUCUCCUCCAGCCCCCAAAUGAAUGGGAGGACAUAGUGUCCACUCAAUAGCAAAGUUAUAGGUAAAGGGAGGUGAUUUGGGAGUAAAACAAUAUAUAUAUAUAUAUAUAUAUAUAUAUAUUUAUUAUAUAAAGUCGGGGGUCCAAAAGUUAGGUCAGUUUAUAUGCAACAGAGCUGCCAAGUAUGAAAUUACUACCCAUUUAACUUACUGUGCCUCCAUUAAGUAUUUUAUGUAAAAGUAUUUAAUUUGGGGGUUCAUUCAAAUGAUUUAUAUAAAAAAAUUUACAUACACUUUAAUUGUGACUUCUAUAGGUAAAUCAUUUAAAACUAUUAACUAAAGGCCAAUGUGAUGCGAGGAUGUUGAUACCACCUGAAUCCAUUUCCAGCGUUUUCCGGACUGUGAUUAGACCAGUGUCUGGUCUGUUAUCUGUUACAGGUGGAAUAUUGCUGUAAAUAAGAAUCCAUACAAGUACAGACUCGUGAUUUAAUAUAAUUAUAAUGUGUUAUCUUCAGAAUAGCAGAAUUAUAAAAUCGGCAAACUAACAUAAUUUAUCCAACUCUGCUUUCAUGUCCUAGAUUUUACCAUACACCGUGCAUAAAAAAUACAACUUGAAGCUAGAAUGUCUCUAGGUAAUUGCAAACUGUAGGAAAAAGUAACUGCGAUGGAAAUCAUUUUUUUGCUAUUUUAGUCUAAAAUGUUAAAUGCUGUGGUCAACUCCCAAAAAUGCAUGGGCUACUGAAGCCUGAAGGUGAAAUACAGUAAUAGCACAAAACAAAUAAAUAUUAAAAAAAAAUAGUUUUUAUCUUUCCUGUUUGUUUUAUUCAAAUAGCUUGAAUUUUGUGGCAAAUAAUAUUUUGGAGAUUAGUACUGAAUAUUUUUAAUAGUGUUCUCAGAUCCACACUGCAAUUUUGUUGUCUCGGCCAGUUUCCAAAAUGUGUUUGUUAAACACCUGUUCCAUUCUGCUGAUUUUGUUACACUCUAGAUCCGGUCUGGGAGCCAGGAAAACCUUCUGGAUGAAGUUAUGAGGAGUCUGUCUGGCUCUGCGGAAUCGGCAGGAUUCCAAUCUCCCACACAGCUGUCUCCUGGCAUUUCGCUAGGUGAAAGAAAGACUGGUAAACCAGAGCAAUGCGUGCGACCUAACCCUCGCAAGGCAGAGGACACACGAUUCACAUUCCCACCCACAGUCAAUCCACAAUCCUCGGAUGAACAUUAUGUACUCACACAUGGGGCUGGAUCGACACAAAAACAAACAAAAGAUUCCAAUCCCUAUGCAACCUUACCCCGUGCAAGCAGUGUUAUCUCUACAGCUGAAGGGACAACUCGGAGAACAAGCAUUCAUGAUUUUUUGUCCAAAGACAAUAGGUCACCAAUAUCAGUUGACCCAUCACCAACAACAGAGGAUGCCCCAUCCUUAUUGAGUGAGUACUGUGUUGUUGAACAGUCUCCUAAUUUUCAGAUUACCAUUCCCUUUGCCAGCAAAUGCAUUCCUCUUAAUUGUAAACAAAUCCGAGACCCGCAGGACUGUCCAGGGUGUGUAUCAGUUGCGUUCUGUGAAGGUACUGCUGGCCAGACUCAUUCUGGUGUUGCAUCAACACUCACACACCCAGUUAACAUAUCAGAAGGGACUAAUAUAGUAUCCUACACUUCACCAUGCAUGUCCUGCCCAUAUCUUUCACUGAACGCGGAUUUGGUGAGUAGCAUCAGUGGGCCACCUGGAGAUAGACAGUGUGUCUUCUCUGUGGUUUCUUCUCAACAGCCAACCUCCGAGUAUCUCAUGUCAAAGAGCAACAUUGCGAAUUGUGACAUGAGUGGCCUUAAUUGUCCGACUCCUCCCUGUCUGCCCACUAAUGAAGUAGAUUCUUCAAUAAUAGUAUCUGAAGAUCAUCAAGGCAUUUGGUAUGAAUAUGGUUGUGUGUGAAUAUAGUAUGAUCGACAACACUGUUGCAAUAUAACAAAACUUGGAAACUGUCAUGGUUGAUAAAUUAGCCUGAAAAGAAUAUAGGGGUCGCUGCAUGAAGCAUCAGUUCAUGUUGUUUGUUACGCAUGUUGAAAGCCUCGCUGACCCUCCACAUGCUUGUGUAUGUGACAGACUUAGUAAUACUCAACAUGACUCUUUGACCCGAGGCCUAUUUUAUCAUCCUGAACACUUUUGUUGAGUCGUCAAAUGUGUAUUGACCUUCUGGUCCAUUCAGAGCAUAAUUUUCAGAGACCUAGCACUAUUUGGAAUCCUAUUUUCUAAUGCUCUUUUUUUAUAAAGCAUAUACUGAAUUACUUUCAUAAUUGUUUAAAAAAAUAAACUAAAUGAUGUAUUAUAGAAUUUUUAUACUUAUUUAAAUGUAUCUAAAAAUAUAGCAACUGUAAAGACUCACGUCCCUGCAGUAAUAUAAUUAUUCUAAACAAACAUGUAUUAACUGUCUAAUACCUAAAAUUAUCCCAGCUGCAAUAACAUUGUGGCUUCCUUAAUGAAAAAUGUGAUCUAGUCGCAAGCCGCAGUGACAGAAUAUUGCCGCUUAAAGGGUUACUAUUCGUAGUCGUAAUUUAACAAAUUUAGAUUAGUCGUAAAGUUAAUGAAUACGGGGAUCUUAUUUGACCAUGGCAAGUUUAAUUACUUACAGUAUGCCCGGAAUGGUUUGAUGAUUAUACAAUGUUGAGUAUCACAGGUCUACCAACAGCAAAUAUCCUCUCCUUUGUUUUUAAGUGCAUGUUGGGGUGCGAGCAUGAUAUCAGAUCUCUCAGACACCCACUUAUUAUAUGUUGGACACCAAUGUCUGUAUUUUAAGUUUUGCAAAUCUUGAUUAAAGGUGAAAAGUGUAAAUCCAUACUUUAAACGGGAAGUUUACGUAUUGCAUUCUGAUUUUAAUAUCCGUAUAGGGUAGGAAGUUUUCCGAAAAUAAAUCUUAACUAAUAAUUAUUGGGAUUUAAAUGUAAUCAUUCUGCUUUGAAGCCUGUAAUUCUGUAGAAUAUUAUGUUAUUUUCCUUUGUAGGUCUAAAUAAGGAAACUGAAGAGUUUAUAUUUUUUGCAUUUUUGAAAACCGAGUACUCUGGCGGUUUUACAAGCAUUCAUUAAUUUGUAACCCUUGCGAAGCUUGGGUUAAUGUGUUGUACAAAUUCAAGAUAAGGAGAUGGUAAAAUAUGUCAAAAACAUAUAUGAUUAUGCAAAAAAAGUAUUUUACCCUUAGUACAUGACCGGAUCCUUCAGCCAUAUACAUACACGAUUGGUCAGACAGUGUUUAAAAGCCAUCAAUUAGUCUCUAUGAUGUUCCCUGCUUCCCUCCCUGCACAGAAGCAGAAAAAGACUGUAGAGUCCAACUAAUGAGUUUUUCUCAAUUCUUUUAAAUGAAGUUUUAUUCCGUGAUACGAUACAGUCAAGUUAAUUGCUUGUAUUAUGUUUUUCUCCUUUAAUCUGUAUCUGGCAAUGUCUUGAUAACUACACUUCAUGGCUGAAAGUAUCUGGACACUUUUAAUUAGUUGAUUUAACUAUUUAUUUUUUUUUAGCCACAAUCAUUGCUAAUAUGUGUAUAAAAUCGAGACACGCAUAUGUGCAAUAUACAAACACCUGCAGUAGGAUUGCAUUUUAGCCCAUUCAAGAAUGGUCCGUACUGCAGAGCUCAUUGACUUUCAGGAGUGGUACAAUAGUCAAAUGUCACCUAUCCUUUCACUUACAUUAUCUGAUUUUUACCAUGCUUCAUUCAACUUGAAGUGGUCUAAUUGUAAAGUGAAAACUUCUGGGAGCAACAACGACUGAGCCACAAAUUAGUAAGACACAUAAGCUCACAAAAGGAGACGGACAGGCUGUUUUUGGUUGAAGAGUGUAGUUUCUCUAAUUUGUUUGUCAUGUUUGAGAACUGCCUGACUUUUGUUUCUGAUCUUACACAUCUACAUAUAAAAUACAAAUCUCUGCAUGUAAUGCCAAGAAAGACCUUAUAUAAUGUAUAGCUUGGCGCAGUUGGGCUCUGGGACUUUAAAAAUUAGAUUUUCUGGAACAGUUAGCCAUUUGGUAGCCUAACUAAAUCUUUUGGAUUUAGAAAACUACCUGCCUGACUGGAAAGUCACAACUGCAAAGCUUCAUGGAGAAUGAGUAAAUACAUUGAGACUGUGGUAGAAGUUAACUGCUUACAUAGACCCCUGAUCACAACCACACUGAACACGUUUGGGUUGAAUGGGCCGCAAACUCAGGAAAUCACCCAACAUGACUGUCCGUACUAAUGUUCUAAUGGGUGAAUGGUAGUGAAUUUGAAAAUGUUCCAACAUCUAGCGCAAACACUUUGGGAAAUAGAGGAAUAUUUUACAACAGCAAACUAACCAACGCCAUUCUAACAUCUAUGACAUGGCAUGUGGUGAUUGACCAGCACAUGUCCACAUACCUUUUGCCAUAUAGUGUACCUAUACGCAUGCUAUGCUCCAUAUAAAAUUAGUCUGGCUUUCUGUAUAUUUAGAAUGUGUUUGUACAUAUAAAUUAUUUGUUUUCUUCACGCAUGGGAAUCCAUUCAUCUAAACCUGCUAAACAUUGCUAUGCAUGAAAUUCACCACAUGUUCUAGAACUCCAGGAAUAGUUUGUUGUGAGCUAUGAAACAAGGAUGUAUUUGUAUGUAUCAGUAUGAUUACUGGUUAUAAUUACUCACAAUGUUACAUUUUUUUAUAAUAACGAUCUUACAUCCCUGCUUCUUAUUUAUUUCAUAUAACUUUUGUUUUAAUUGGGUCAGAAAAUUAUCUCCUUAGUUGAUGAAAAAGUGCAAGGCCACUAUAGCGAAGCUAUCGUUUUUUCCUGGCUGUGAAAUAUUUGAUACUGAGCUGAGAAUUACAUCAAUCUCCACAGUAGGCCAACAAUCUAAAAUAGAACUCAUUGUGCAGCCAAUCAAUGACUAAAUGAGAAAAACUGGAUGUUUUUUAAUUUGGCUGCAGAGAGUGCCAAUCCAAUUGCUUGUCUUCGCUUAUAUGCACAUAACCAUCCCAACCCAACCUCCGUAGCUUGAGUUAAUGUGUGACCCAUGUAAAAUUAUUUUGUAGUAGAGUAAAUUCUUUUUGGGAAUCCCAAAUGGAAUGUUCCUUUUAUAACCUCUAUGAUCCACUUGUGUCAAACAGAAAGACACUUAUAACGAAGAGCGGCCUCUUUUGGGCCUGGUCACCUGUGUAGUUGUUGAGUGCAAGCAGGUGAGGCCAGUGUAUUACGUUCCUUGGAAUUUGCUGGGCUAUACGUUACCUGAAAGCAUAUGUACAAUUUCAACCUUAUCAAUGACUAAACCUGCUUUUCUCCUGCAGAUGUGGAGGCAACACAAGAAAUCAGGCUAUCAAAAAGCAGGUCUAGAGAACAGCAAACCCCUUAAUUUAGUCAGCCAGUUCACGUGAUAUACCAAGUGGUGAGUUUCUUGCCCAUGUUGUUAAUGAGUUGAGCCAGUUCUCAUUUGCAAGAGGCUAAUAACUUUCCAUGAUUCAUGGCUAAAGCAUUAACACUGCGUCCUUUGCUUUGUACCUUGCUUGCGUUUGAUUUGUUAUCUGCUGUUAAAUCCUGGUCUUGUUGCUGCAAUGAAGAAAAUGCAUGAAUUUGGAGUUAUGCAACUGCACAUGAUCAUUUCCUUAAAUGCACGGAAUAGACUAUUUACUAAGAGUAAUUAUUUCUAAUUAAAUCUUCUUCAAACUGGAGCCGUACAAGAGGUGAUGCUCGUAGGAAAUUAAUUCCUACCUUGGGUUUACAAUUUUAUUAAAUAUUUUAAAUCCAAUAAAUCAACCAUGAAACAUAUAAUCAAGCUGUUUCUACAAGUAAGAGCGAAGUGUCAUAGAUUUUCAUUAAAAUUGAGCUGUAACUCCCCGGGAUUUUUCAUUUAUUUAUACAGAGAUGUGUUUGUAAGGUCUAAAAUAUAAAUUUAAAUGUACUCCCCUCCAGUGGCGGCUGGUAAAGUUUUAAGCUGGUGGGGCACCAGACUCCUCCCUAUACAGUACAAUGAGCGGAGCAUAAUACAGAGAAAACCAUACUACAAACACAGCUGAGAAAAAAAAUAUAUAGAUAUAUAAUACAAGAGCCGGGCACAAUACAAAGAUACCGAUACAGUGCACAGAGCUGGGUACACUACAGAGACAACAGGUAGAGUUGAGUAAAUACAAAAAAAGAACACACAAAGCUGGCCAGAAUAAGGAGAUGCUAAUAACUAACCUACACCGUUAGGAUCACUGUGAUGGAUUACACAGAGCUCCAAUAAAUAAAUUCCCACCCAUUACAUGUCAGUCUACAUUGCUUAAGCUCUCUCUAUCUUCCAAGACCUUUCUUAGCUCUCCCUUACACAAUAGCAUCUUCAGCUUUGUAUUCCUGUCACUAUAGUAUCCCUUUAAAGCAGCAGGAUACUGCUAAAUUCCUUAUAACCUUAGCAGAUGUCAAUAAAUCAACAGUGGUAAUAUGGAGCCAAAAAGUAGCUGACAUGAUUGGCAAAAGUAACAAUCAUUACAGCUUAAAACAAACUGGAAUCAGAAUUGGUUCAGUCCUCAGAGUUACAGCCCCAGUCCUGCAGUUUGAAGCUUCACAACUUUUCAACUAAGCCACAGCAUGAGCGUCUCAGGUCUCAGCUGUAUAGGGACUGAGCACUUUAAAGACAAUUUUGGGUAUGUGCAGUAGGAGUUAUUAAAACUAUUAUUGACAGGCAGCACAGUGCUCUGUGUCAGAAAAGCCCACUUUCUUUGUCACCCUUCGGCUUCCCUGGCUUUAUAUAUAUUAAUUAUAUUGAUUUUCAGUGUUUUAUUCAAUGGUAUGAUUUUCAUAGAAAUUAAGAUAAGAUUAUGUAAUAUUUAACAUAUGCAACUUUAGAGAACAUUCUCUGUGCUCCCCCAUUUAUCUGGGUGACAGGAUGUGUCAUUGAUUUUAGGUCCCACACUUUUUUGUAGGUAAAUUAUCUAUGGUAAUCUUUACAGAAACCACACCAUUCUACUCAAAGUAGCUAAACGUGAUAUUGCAUUACAGUCUGAAUACAAAUAUAAUAUUUACAUCUGUCUCUACUAAUAAUUCUAGUUUGAGGUGAAGUACAAAGGGCAGGUAUGAACCAGUGGGAGCAUGUUCCUUACCUUAAAGGCUAACUCGGGGGUAGGCAACCUUCAGGACUCACAUGUGGACUAUAUCUCCCUUGAUACGUUGUCAACCUUAUGGCUGUAAUAGCAUUAUGGGAAAUGUAGUCUACAACAUCUGGAGUGCCGAAGAUUACCUAUCUCUGCUUUAGAUAUUUUAGACCAGGCUUCCCCAAACUCCGUCCCUCCAGAUGUUGCUGAACUGCAACUCCCAUGAUUCUAAGCCUAUCUGUCAUUCAUAGAAUCAUGGAAGUUGUAGUUCAGCAACAUCUGGAGGGCUGGAAUUUGGGAAAGCCUGUUUUAGACUAUAUAACCACAGAUGCUUUGCCAGCCUUAUGGCUGUAAAAUGGGAAAUGUAGUAUACAACAUCUGGAGUGCUGAAGGUUGCCUACUCCUGCCCUACCUAUUGGAAUAAACACUAACCUUUAGACAAAAUACCUCAAUAUAAUCUCUAAUGUUAACCCAUAUUCUAGCGGCUAACCCAAAUGCCCAACCCCUUUUUAAAAUGUAUACAUUAGCAAACCGGAUGAUCUGUGGUCCAAUCCAUUGCUUCUCAUAGAUUGCCACGUUUCGCCAACCCAAAGCUUUGGUGCUUGGUGUCCUUAAUCCGUUUAUGGAGCUGCUGGACUUCACAUAGCUCUGAACAUUCAUGUUAAACGUUAAACCGACAGUUUGAAAGGAAUUCUUUACUUAACCAAUAUCUAAAGGCAUUAAUAGAAGGAAGUCUUUUGAAGUAUGCUAAGCAGAUACUAUAUAAUGGCACCUUUUAACUUUUUCCUUUCUGCAUGCAUUAACCUCUUCUCUUUGUAACUAUUCUCUGUGUCACUGUACAUCAUUCUUACAUAUUUUUUCUUCUCUUCCUUUCCUGCUCUCGACUCGACACAGAGAGAAAAGUGUCCUUCAAUUUGUCAUUGAGAAGUUUUUGUUUCUGAAGUAGCAACGCGUCCAAGCCUCUGAAUGCCAAUCAGAGAACUUAAUUGCAGAGCUCCACCGUAGAGCUUGGAAGUCUUUCAAACUUUCUUUCCUUGAAUCAAGGAGUUCUGCUGGAGUGAAAAUCAAAAUAAAUACAUAAACCAGAGACGUCUUAAAGAGUUUCCUGCAUUUUGCACUGGGAAAAUGUUCGUCAGUCCUGCUCAGGACGGACUGUGUGUUUGAGGACCUGCAUUCCCUUAUGAACUAAUCCUUUCUGGCUUCUGAUCAUUGGCUUAAAGUAGUUGCACCAAUUUCUUUUUUAUUCUAAGAACAAGAAAGACGAAAAAUAGAUGUCUUGCUUUUUUUAAAUUUUUUAAUUUUUUUUUUGCAAAAUCAAAGCUUCCUGGCAUAAUCACUGCCUCAUGUGAUUCACAUAUAUAUAUUGCAUGUAGAUGCAUUAAAAUAAAAACAUAUGCUGCGCUUACGAACUUCGAAAUCACAAGUCUACGUGCUUGGUUCCAGCCACAGACACACUCAUGCUUUGUGAUAUUUGGCACCUUUUAAUGUUUUGUACCCACGUGUAAGUGGGUAACAGUAUUACGGAUUUUGGGUUCCACUCCUCCUGAGAGGCACCAUGCCAAGUGCCACUAUUGUUUUGGCACGUUUUGCCUCUGUAGCAUUAAUAUUAGGCUCUUCAUAUAUACCGUAUAACAAGAUCUUACCGUGUUUAUUCCUUUAGACUUUUAAUUCAAGAACAUUUUACAGAACUUUACAAAUGACAAUGAUGUUCCUGCACUGAAAAUGUUAGUGAAUGGGGGAAAGAAACAGAGAAUCAAUGUAUGGCGUACGUGUCCUCCUCCUGGGCACGUAAUAAGCAGUCUUUAUCUUGUCACAACGACGGAUGUCAGUGUGUUUUUAUCUUAUGGGAAUCCAUGUUUUAAAUUGGUUAAUCAGUUUGGGUUAAAAGGUGAGUGUGUUUUAAUAAUUUGGGUGUGUUGAAAUUUACUGUACGAUAUUGUUUCAGUGGCAAAAAUGGAUCUUAAUUUAAACCGUUAUCUUUUAAUUAUUUCUCAUGUGUUUGCUUAUUGGUUCUUGCAGGACAAUGUACAUAACUGCAUUUAAGACACAAAAGACGUUUCACUAUUAUGUUUGUUAUUAAAAAAUCAACAAAAACUUUUUCUUCUUCUUCAUUUACAAUAUACAUUGAUAUUCUAGCCACUAGUUCUAUUUAAUUAUUAAUGGUUUUAGAUCAUCCAUGAAAAAAAACACACUAUGAUGCAUACCCAUUACAUUACAUACCGUUCACUUUGAUCAAUUUGCAGAGUCUGCAAUAUGGUAACACAGUUAAGAACUUUGUUUCUGCUUCGUUGUGUUGCUGUUAUUGUACAUAUAUUAUACUAAACCAGAGGAGAU